AUGAUCCACAUUCGCGCUCUGCGGCAGUUGGCAAGAUUCACUAUGUCGCUUCAGAAUGGGGAUUCUUUCAAUCAUGGAAUCCCAGAGUCGCUCCAGCAGAGAGCAAUUGAUGGAGUUGGAAAGUUUCACGAGCAGGAUAAUGAGGUGAAGAAAGAAUUCUACACCAGGGGUGAAACAAGAAAGGUCAAAGAUGUAUAUAAUCGAAUAUUCAAGAAAGUGAAGAAAUUGGGGCUGACCAUUUUCGAGUUGAUCUCCGAAGCUCUGGGAUUAGAAUCCAAACAUCUCAGGUCCUCCGCCAAGGCCAAUGGGUUGACAUCAAUCCCAUCACUGGAUCCCUAG